AAACGCGUUUCUGCUAUCGGUGGAAUGCCUGAAAGAGUUAGUUACCUCCUGACUGACCCACUGCGCGUCUCAUCUCACUGUAAUACUCGGGCCUUCGUCACAAUGGCCAUUGUGUAUCUUCUUGCUGACAGUUCUUUCUUUCUUUUUUGUAACGUCCAAAAUAUUCAGAGGCCAAUAUGCGGAAACCUCUGCAAAAAGAAGAUGCCGAGGCCCAGCUUGACGACGAGGCCAACGACGACAGAGACCACGCGGUCGAUGGAGAUGAAGAAGCACACUUACUAAGAGAAGAGAUGGAAUUUGAAGACAUUGUUCCUCCAGCAUCGAAGAAGCUGCGUACGCGUCGACGACGCUUUCUGGACUUUUGGCGCGGGCCGCAACCUCCUCGGAUUCAAAGUAUCGACCCGUAUUUCCCAUGGAUUCAAAACGGCCCAGUCGAGUGGCUUGAAAGCCAGGGACUCAACAGACCCAUCUCACUCGUUGCCGUGCUACUUCCCUGGCUUCUUAUCUUCAUCUGGUUCCUGACUGCCCAGCUACCGCUGCAAGAUGGCGACGCCAACAAUGUAAUCAGCCUGGGCUGUGUCGAUACAUUGUGGGAACGCAAGAACGAAUGCGGAAUCGACGGCAUCGACUGUCGUCCGUUUAGCAAUCAUUCUUUUGCUUUCCAAUGCCCGGCAAAGUGUAGAGAAGUGCAACUUCUGAAUCCGCACACCGUUGGACCGGUUCAAGUUAACUAUCGUCCUUUGGUUGUCGGAACGGGACUUUAUCGUGGUGACAGCUUUUUAUGUGCCGCAGCUAUCCACGCGGGGAUUGUCGACAACCACCGAGGCGGCGGUGGUCGCGUCAAGCUCAUGGGAGGUCAUGACAAUUUUUCUGGCACAAAGCACCACGGUAUCGAGUCUAUUCCGUUUGACUCAUACUUUCCACUCUCCUUCUCUGUUGUUUUCGACGAUGGGUUUCAGGUGCCAGCCGAUCCCCGCUCAGCCUUGCUUCCCAUCACUAUUCUCUCUACAGUUGUACUCGCCAUCUUUUCCUCAUCGCCGAAAAUCUUCUUUCCCAUCUUCACCCUCAUUUUCGCUCAUGUGAGCUUCGUCUCCGACCCGCCGCCGGCACUGCAUCUCAACACAACGGUCUUGCCAGAUCACAUUUCAAUGUUCGCGAAGCGACUUUUGCCGGCCAUUUUCGUAAUGGUGGUAAUGUACUCCACCACAAUCAAGCGGACGCUAGCUGGGUUGAGUGCCCACAUCGAAAAGGCCGUAUUCUGGCUCGGGGGCUUUUGGAUCGGUGCAUUAUCAAAUUAUACGUUUGACUGGAUUCCGAUUUCGCGACUCACCGCUCAUGACCUCGAGCAGCAGCCUGGCGCGAAGCUGGCGUUGGCAAUCAUCGUCUUGGUAUUGGCUGUGAUUGUUGUGGGUCAGGCAUACUGUUUCUGGCUCGAAGGCCGCCUGAUCCAUUAUCUGGGCCUGUAUAGCCUGUUCAUCCUGGCAAUUAUUGUCUGUCUGAUGAUUCCAGGUGUCAACUUGCGGAUCCACCAUUACAUUCUGGCACUUUUACUGCUUCCCGGGACGAGUCUCCAGACACGGCCUUCGCUGUUCUUUCAAGGCCUCUUGCUCGGUCUUUUCGUGAACGGCAUAGCACGAUGGGAUUUCGAUUCUGUUUUGCAAACUUCUGCUGCUCUGCGUGCCGAUGCAAAAUUCGAGUCGGUGGUCCCGCAGAUAAUGGAACCGCUCAUUGAGGUAGAAAAUGAUGCUCUAUUCGUGACGUUCAACUUUACUACGCACCCACCUGACGUUGACGGUAUGAGCGUCCUUGUAAACGAUGUGGAGCGCGCCCGUGCCUUCUAUGACAAUGAAGGUGAUGGCCUUUGGGAUAUCUUUGAAUGGAAGAGAGAUGUGGAUAGUGGGUUGAAUGAGUACUUCCAGUGGGCCUAUAUACGGGACGGCUACACCCUAGAUUACUCAAAACCAGUCGUCAACGCUACCGCUGCUCUUGCGGCACUUGAUUCCCGACAGAACAAGAACUGUCCUGCUCAGCCUACUUGCCCCCGAUGGAAUGGCUGUGUCUCCACUGCCACUAAUGGCGGUGUCUUUAAACUGACCUGCACCACUGACUUCAAUGGUCCCGUCAUUGGCAUUGCCCAGGCCAAGAUCUUCGUUGACUGCGCCGAUGCAUGCGCUCGCCACACAUACUGCACUGCCUUCAACAUGAAGGACAACUUUUGCUACUUUCUUGGCAAAGACGUUGGCACGCCCCGUAUAUCAACCGAAAACGUCAAUGCCGGCACCCAAGCCAAGCCAGCAACCGAGUUGGAGCCCGCCCCCGGCAGCUCCGUCUGCGAGACCAAGAUCAACUGCCCUCAUGACGACUACUGCUGCUUCAAGACCAAUGGCCAGUCCUAUAUUAGUCGCUGCAACUACGACUUCAAUGGUGGCGACAUUGCUAUUGGACAGACGAAGUCUCUUAGUGAGUGCGCAAAUCUGUGCUCGCUCUUGAAGGGCUGCGUUGCUGCGACUUGGGUUGCUGGGACUUGGGAUGGUGGGAUGUGCUAUCUCAAGAAUGACCAGUAUAAGGUCGUUUAUAACUCUAAUGUCGAUAGUGUUUAUCUUGAACGCUAA